CGCGUUCAGAGGAAUCACUAUAAACAGACACAGACAGACAUGCCUGAGCCCCAGAAGCCAGCAGCCGAGGGCGAUGAGGCUGCAGCACCUCCUGCUGACCAGAAAGAGGCUGCCCCCGGGGAGGAUGCUGAGGGGUCCGAGGCGUCCGGCCUCUUCGUCCUGAAGCCGGAAAGCGUCACCGCAACGAAAGGGAAGGAUGUCACGUUUGUGACUAAAAUUGAUUCCUCCAGCCUGUCGAGGAAGCCCACCCUGAAGUGGCUGAAGGGGAAGUGGCUGGACCUCGGGAGUAAGGCGGGGAAGCAUCUGCAGUUCAAAGAGACCUACGACAGGAACACUAAGAUCUACACUUACGAGAUGAACAUCAUCAAAGUAGUGGAUGGAGACGCAGGUGGUUACCGCUGCGAGGUCACCUCCAAAGACAAGGUCGACAGCUGCCCGUUCGAAAUCACCGUGCAGGCCGUACAAGAGGAGCAGCAGGACAACAUCUUGGAGGCGUUUAAGCGAUCGACGAAAAAGAGUGGAGGUGCGGAUGAGGAUGCAGGUGAUCUCGACUUCAGCGCCCUGCUGAAGAAAAGGCAGAGGAAAAAACAGGAAGCCACAGAGGAAGUGGACGUAUGGGAGAUAUUGAAAGCGGCAAAGCCCUGCGACUACGAGAAGAUCGCCUUCGAGUACGGAAUCACAGACCUGAGGGGCAUGCUGUCCAGGCUGAAGAAGAUGAAGAAAGUGGUGCCCACAAAGACUGACGCUUUCCUGAGGAAGUUGGAUUCAGCUUACUCUGUGGAGAAGGGCAAGAAGAUCCAGCUCACUGUGGAGCUGGCCGACCCUAAUGCCCAGGUCAAGUGGCUGAAAAACGGGCAGGAGAUCAAACCAUCAGCCAAGUAUGUGUUUGAGAGUGUGGGCAACAAGCGGACACUCACUAUCAACAAGUGCAACCUGUCUGAUGACGCAGCAUACGAGUGCGUGGUCGGGGACGAGAAGAGCUUCACGGAGGUUUUUGUCAAAGAGCCUCCCGUCACCAUCACCAAGCCGCUGAAUGACGUGCACACCGUGGUGGGUGAGAAGGUGGAGUUCGAGGUGGAGGUGUCUGAGGAGGGAGCCAACGUCAAAUGGAUGAAAGAUGGAGUUGAGCUGACCAGAGAGACAGCAGGGUACCGGUUUAAGAAGGACGGGACGAAGCACAUCCUGAUCAUAAAUGAAGCCACUCUGGAGGACAUUGGGACGUAUUACGCCUUCACUAACGGCGGGGAGUCCCAAGCAGAACUAGAAGUUGAAGAAAAGGAGCUGGAGAUCCUGCAGAGCAUAGCCGACCUGACGGUGAAGGCGUCUGAGCAAGCCGUGUUCAAGUGUGAAGUGUCUGACGAGAAAGUGACCGGGAAGUGGUUCAAGGACGGCGUGGAGGUCGUGCCCAGCGAUCGCAUCAAAAUAGCGCACAUUGGAAGGACCCAUAAGCUGACGAUUGAUGACGUGGUGGCCUCAGACGCUGGGGAUUAUAACUUCGUCCCUGAUGGUUACGCACUCUCUCUCUCUGCAAAACUCAACUUCCUGGAAAUCAUAAUUGAGUACGUUCCCAAAGAAGAUCCUCCCAAAAUCCACCUGGACACCGGCAGUGGUAACGAUAACACCAUUGUGGUGGUGGCUGGAAACAAACUUCGCUUUGACGUUGAGAUCACAGGAGAGCCGGUCCCCACUGUGUGCUGGAUGAGAGGAGAGAAUGUGGUGGCUGAGGAGGAGGGACGGGUCCGUGUUGAGACCAAUAAGGGCCAGAGCAGCUUUAUAAUCGAGGGGGCGGUGAAGCAGGACGAGGGCCCCUACACCAUCACCGUGACUAACCUUGCAGGAGAGGACAAGGCCGAGAUCUUCGUCAAGGUCGUGGAUGUGCCCAAACCUCCAGAGAACAUCAAGUGCACAUCAGUUGGCGAGGACUGUGCCGUAAUCACAUGGGACCCUCCCCCGUAUGACGGCGGCGUUCCUAUUAAAGGGUACCUGAUGGAGAGGAGAAAGGUCGGCCAGCCCAGAUGGACCAAGCUCAACUUCGAUGCGUUCGAGUCCACCACGUACGAAGCCAAGAAGAUGAUUGAAGGCGUGCUUUACGAGAUGAGAGUGUUUGCAGUCAACGGCAUCGGCGUCUCUCAGCCCAGCGAGAUCUCACAGCCCUUCAUGCCCAUCGCCCCCACCAGUGAGCCCUGUCGUCUCACGGUGGAAGAUGUGACUGACUCUACCUGCGCACUCAAGUGGCGUCCUCCGGAGAGAAUCGGAGCGGGCGGCAUCAAUGGAUACAUCAUUGAGUACUGCAAAGAAGGAAGUGAUGAUUGGGUCCAAGCGAAUGCGAAGCUGGUGGAUGAUACUCAGUUCCGGGUGAAAGGCCUCCCAGUUGGGGAGAAGAUGCUGUUCAGGGUGGUUGCUCUCAACACUGCCGGACGCAGCCCUCCCGCUGUCCUCGGCCAGGCUGUCACCAUCAGAGAGCUCAUCGUGACCCCAAAGAUCCGUCUGCCUCGUCAGCUUAGAACUAAACUCAUCUGUAUUGUGGGCGACAAGGUGAACCUGGUGAUCCCUUUCCAGGGUAAGCCCCGCCCUGUUGUGACCUGGUCCAAAGAUGGCGUCCUCCUUGAUGACAAAUCAGUGGGAACACGCACCAGUGAGGUGGACACCAUCAUCUUCAUCCGCUCUGCAGAAAGAGUCCACUCCGGGAAAUACACGCUCUCUGUUCAGAUUGGAGACAUGUCCGACAGCGCCGACAUCUUCAUCCAGGUGGUCGACAAACCCGGGCCGCCCAUCGCCGUGCAAGUCACAGACAUCUGGGGAUUCAACGCUGCGCUGGAGUGGAAGCCACCGAAAGACGACGGCAACAGUGAGAUUAUCGGCUACUCCAUUCAGAAGGCCGACAAGAAGACUAAGGAGUGGUUCACGGUCUAUGAGCACAAUCGCAGGCCCAGCUGCACUGUGUCUGACCUGGUCAUGGGGAACGAGUAUUCCUUUCGAGUGUACAGCGAAAACAUCUGUGGCCUCAGCGAUGAGCCUGGCGUCAGCAAGAACACCGCCAUCAUUUCCAAAACAGGUUUGGCCAUGAGAGAUAAACCCUUCAGGGAGAAGGACAAUAGUUGUGUGCCGAAGUUCACAGCGCCCCUGUUGGACAGAAGUGUGGUUGCUGGUUACGCCACCGCCAUCAGCUGUGCUGUGCGUGGCUUCCCCAAGCCUAAGAUCAUUUGGAUGAAGAACAACAUGAUCAUCGGCGAAGACCCAAAGUAUUUAAUGAUGAACAAACAGGGCGUGUUGACUCUGAAUAUUCGCAAGCCAAGCCUGUUUGACGGGGGCAGAUACUCCUGCAUGGCCAUCAACGAUCUGGGGCAGGACGUGGUGGACUGCAAGCUGGAGGUUCGAGUUCUUCAAGAGAAAGCAGAGGAGGCGCACAAAUGAGCGACAGCUGGAAACAGCCGAGGAUACAGUCGAACAGGAAUAGUAAUGGAUUAUGUAUAACGGGAUAGUCAUGAAUAAAUAUGAUUAGAAUAGAUCACUGGUGAAGCUCUAAAGCCAAUCCCCCUGCUCUUCCCCUUUCCCUUCUACACGCUUUGCCUUCCAGCGCCGCUAUGACAAAUGCCACCUCAGUAAUAUGCCGUAAAUUCUUCCAGCAGGCUGCCACCUUGUCACAUCCUAAGUGAGAGAAGCUGCAGAGUUGUGUAGUAGCACUGCCUCGCUGUGACCACACACAGAUGGAUCCCUCUUAUCUGUGAAGUGGACCUGUCUCUGAACACACUUAUAAAACAGCCUUUCAUCCA